GUCUAAUAAUCCCGAUGUGACGUCACUCUCACCGAGUCCGGAUGGCGAUAGAGCCGCAGGUGGGACCGCAAUAGCAAGCAGAAAGGAAGGCGAUACAGCAGCCGGUGUCAUUGCACGAUUUGCCUGUGUCGGAGAGACGACAUGGGAAAGCUCCUGGAAUUCGAUAUCACUUUGACCAACAACAAAGCGGUCUAUAACCCCGGCGAGUCCAUUUCUGGAACCGUGAAAAUAAAACUAGCCAAAUCGUUGCAAUGCCAAGCCAUCAAAGUGAGCUGCCAGGGCUCCUGUGGGGUGACGAACAAGCUGAACGAUGAAGUUUGGGCGGUGGAGGAGCAGUACUUCAACAGCACGCUGUCCGUGGCAGAUAAAGGUACAGUGCCCUCUGGAGACCACAGCUUUCCUUUCCAGUUUCUCAUUCCAGAUACAGCUCCCACUUCUUAUGAAGGACCGUAUGGGAAGAUCACGUACAGAAUGAAAGCUUUCAUCGACACGCCCCGCUUCUCCAAGGACUACAAGGUCCAGAAGGCCUUCUUCCUGCUCAAACCCCUCAACCUGAAUGAAGUGCCCGACAUUGAGAAAGCGAACGUGACCACAGUCUCAAAGCAGUUCACGUACCUGCUGAUAAAAUCGGGAGCGCUCACGCUGAAGGCUAAGACCGACCAGCGCGGCUACGUCCCCGGCCAGGUCAUCAAGCUGUCCACCGACGUCCACAACCAGUCCGACAAGAAAACCAGCUGCAUUCUGGCCAGCCUCGUACAGAAAGUGACGUACAAGACGAAGAGCGUGGCCUGCGACUUCCGGACGAUCGCGGAGGUGGAGGGCGCGGGGGUGAAGGGAGGCAAGCGCGCCGAGUGGAAGGAGCAGAUCAUCGUGCCUACGCUGCCCCAGUCCGGCCUCGCCGGCUGCAGCCUCAUCUCCAUAGACUACUUCCUGAAGGUGUCCCUGAAGUUUCCUGAGGUGUUGGUGAUUCUGCCCAUCUUCAUCGGGAACGUGCCAUUCGACCCCACCAUCCCCAGGACCCCGUCCCGGACCCCGUCCCGCCCAACACCGCCCAACACGGCGCCCCGGGUGCCCCCCCGUCCCUCUCCGCGACCCUCCCCCCGGGCCAGCACGAGCUCCUUGACCCCCAGCGCCCCCCCGGUGGAGGAGAGUCCGGGGCAGGCGGGGGGCGGGGCCCGCGAGGUCAUUUCCACCAAGAGCCACUCGCAGCAGGACCCCUCGGCCUGGCGGGCCUCCGCCUCCCCCAGCGGCCCCACCCUGACCCCGAGCCUCCUCAGCGUUCUGGCCCCCGCAGGACCCCAGUUCUCCAUCUCCACGGGGUCGACCAUCCCUUUCUUCUUCGAGGGGAGCGCCACCCCCAUCCCGACCUCCUGUCCGCUCGUCUUGCCCCCCGGGUACAGCUCGCAGGAGUACCCACAUGAACCCCCUCCCACCUAUGAAGAGAGUUGCAGCAGAAACUAAAGUUUCGGGCAGUGUGCAAGAUGCCUUUUCCUACUGCAGCAACUGCCUGCAGGACCCCUGCCAAUGACUGUCCCUACUGGAUAUAUGGAGAACAACAGGCUGGUUCCAGCUUGACUGGAGUGACAUUUUUUAAAAUCAUUUUUAACUUGUUUUUCCAGACUUGGAAAAGGGAUUCUAGUUUAUUUAUUCUUUUGUGUUUUUUUUAACAUGUUUUCUCUCUUGUCUGUUGAUGUAGUGGCCGUGAAGGUUUUGAGCACUAAAAAGGUUUUACAAGAGUGACAAGACUUUUACCACAAACAAAGUGCCAUUGGGCUCUUAAAAACUUGGAAGUGCCUGUGGACCAGGCACAGAUCGCAACAACAGGACCACCCUUUUUUAAAUGUCAGGCAGUUUACAACUGUGUUUCCAUUUUAUACUUAUAUUAGCAUCUGUGAUGCCUCUAAUUGAAAGUACUGUACUACUGAAUAUGUUUUUGUCAACUUUAAUGUGGCCUUUACAUCAAAUCCCCACAAGGUGGAGCACUUGCUGCUCUGUUACUGUUAGUGGCAUCCUCGAACUCAGAAGGCAUCACACAACACAAAUAACUGAAUCUGUAGGCGGAGUUCCUGAACAGACACCAGCACCCUUGCAUCUCCUUAAAUCAAGAUGGCUGUGUGAUGGCACUUUGAACAGCUGUCGUGCAAAAGGAUUGUAGUGCUCCAAAGCCUGCUUACUGUUGCUCUGCCCACUGGGGGGGGGCAGUCUCGUAACCCAACUGGACAGAACAUUCUGAUGGACAGGCUGGACUCACUUGGGGUAAGAGAAGAUCUGGAGGUGUAACUUGUAUUCUGACCCAUGCACACCCCCACCCACUCCAAGCCAGCCUAAUGUGGUCACACCCUCCAGACCACUUCCCCCUACACCUCUUUUCUGGCUGAAUGGCAAGACUGAUUUGUGCUCUGAAAUGUAAUGGAAGCCCAGUUGCUGUGCAUCAGAUGUUCUUGUUUAAAAGGAGGAGGAUCUGUUUCUCAUGAAUGCCUUAGUCCAUACCAUGACUGUGUGUUUAUAUCUGCAGUGCUUAAGUCAGUCUAUUUUUUAUUUUAAACAUUACUGAAACCGAUUGAAGCGUGCUGAUAUUUCUUGCCACCAGCAUAGAAAAACUGACACUUUGGAAAGAUGUGUAUAAUGUGUAGGUCAAUGGCAGUAUGGUCAAUAUGGUCUUGUUACAGGUUGUCGGUCAUGUUGAACAGAUGUACCACAGAAAAGGUUUCAUUUGUUUAUGGGGCAAGUACAGCACUUUAUGCAUCACAUAAACCACUUAUAUUCUGCUCAGUUUUUUAUAUUAGCUGUGUAGCCACACAGCAGUUCUAAAAAGAUCUCAGAUAAUAUUUUGUUUGCUUUUGCUUAGACACAGACUAAAUGGCCUCCUGUAACCUCGAGUAUUUAGAUUUCAGUGGCGCUGCCGUCAUUUAAUACUUACAACAGUACCACUGUUGUUUUUGUAUUGUUUAAUUGCCUCAACGUACUGGCAUUCUAAGGCCUGAGGUUAAGGUGUUCCUGUCAUAACCUCUAUCAGAUCAUACAUUUGGACUUUUAACCUCAACUGAUAAGAAUGUGCUAAUAUAAAAAGAAUUUUUUUUUGUCCCAUUUCCAUCACAGCAGCAGCCCCUGGUGGCAAAAAAAAAUGUUUCUAUUCCCCUCUCCAUGAAAACCAUGAAAGGGCAUGCACGCACAGAGGCACAGGCACACACGCUCACACACAUAAUACAACUGUUUUUCUCACACCUUCACCUUCAGCGGUUCAUUUUUAAGAUCAGUAGUAGUAACAGAGUACAACAGCCCCGGGAUAAACUGCAGGAUUAAAAACAGGGGAAAAUAGGCUAAACCCAUCCCGCAUGUAUUCAGUUUUGCUACCACCAUCUGGACAAUGCAGCGGUGGUUCCUGAUUGGCUGUCAGGCCGAGGAAUUAAGAUGGCGUGGCAUGCCUAUCUUUAAAUGAAUUCACACGCACACGUUUCUGCCUGUUGGCUUGUAAAUUCACUGUGUUCGUCAGUACACACACAGUUUCAGUCGCCUUCAAAACCACAUCAGUCAAAUCUCCUUAUUCCUUGUGCACUUUAUAUUUACACUGUGGACCUCUAAUGGUGCUGUGGUGCAGUGCAGGGUACACAUUCAUUUAUGAAUUUGCCAUUUGUGAAAUGUUUGGGACUCAUUCCAUCUUUCUCCUCAGGAAGUCCAUCCACAAAAUGGUAGGCAUUACCAAAAUGCAAGCAUGUGCUCGUCUUUAAUAAUUAAGAACUGCUUUCUAAACACAAAAUCAAUCAGAUGUCCAGAGGAGGUUCCAUUAUCUGCAAAAUUGUAAGAGCAGCCUUAUCAGUCUCACCCACAAUAAUAUUUAAUAGCUUUAUUCACUCUGCUUUUUUCUCUGUUGUACAGUUUUUCCCUCUGGUGGUUUUUAUUUGUGGUUUGUGUUUUUGUAUUUUUCUAUUUAAUAGUCGCUCUGUGAAUAUUAACUUCUGGAUAUUUUAUUUUUCCUUCGGGUUUUACCAUUUUUGAUCUGUAUCUGUUUUUGAUCAGCACUGUCUGAUUGUCAACUUUGAUUCAGUGUUACAGCUCAGAAAAGUUUUUAAACCUAAGUUGUAUACGGUACUAAUAAAUCUCUCUCAAAAUGCA